AUGACCGACGAGGAAAAGCUAGAAGGUAGCGGAGGAAAAGCCCCAUACUAUAUGGGUUCAACUGCCAGUUUACCGCGGGGUGCAACAUUUUUAAGAACUUAUUCUCCAGCAGUAUCAAGUUUAUCCGCUGAUCGAAUGAAACCGCUUCCAACCGGUGCGCCUCCCAAGCCACAACGAACAUACAGAAACGGGGAGGCGCUUCCACAGUCCAAUGAUGGCCCACCUAGACCUCCAGAACGAUUUGUUCCAUUUCAAAGGCCUGCCAACCCAAUAUACAGUAUACCAGUGCAAAAUACUUAUAAAGUGCUUUUACAAAAAUAUUUUUUAGAUGGCUACAUGUCUUCACCCGAACGAAGUUCAAGGUACGAAGAUCCAUACUACAGCCAAUAUGGGACAAGGUCUGGUUCGAUCACUCCUGUUAUUGAUGAAGAAGUCAGUGACACGGAAUUGCUGGACGAUUCAUAUUCCCUUUAUGGGGUUAAAAUUCCACCGACAGGAUCAAGAAUAUCUACAAGAUCACCAUUUCCAGCACCUGCGUCAGUUCCUCCAUAUGAUGCAACACGAUUACGAGUUGAAAAUAUGGAACGACAAUUAGCUAACCUGACUGGUUUGGUACAGAAGGCACUAACACAACCUAACCCAUCUCAUCUUCAAGUUCCUGGAAGGGAAGGAUACAGAGAUAAAUCAGUGUCGUUUGAGAAAUCUGUUUCGUUCAGUGAUGAGCCCCCAGAUAUGAAUUCUCCGAAACAGCACAGUCCGCAACAUGCAGAGCGAGACAGAUUGAAGCCAGCACCUCCGGGAAAAUCUACAUCCUUAUCUCCAAGUUACGAUAGCCGAAUAUACAGAGAUCUACAACUUACACCAGAAAUGUACAAUCAAUUGAGAGGUCUUCAGAAAAAGGCGAAAGAUUUGAGAGCUGAAGUCAGAAAUUUAAGAAGAAUGUCCCAAGCCCAAGCUCAUUCUGUGAAGGAAACCAUUAGGGAUACUUUUAUUAAAAUUAGAGCUAUGCUUAUGGCUGGUGGGGAACAGGUUUGGCAAGCAGGCAUGGACCAAGAGCGCGUAAGACUUACCAGAGAAGAAGAUUUGUACAAACAGGAAAUGUUAAGAUUGGAAAAAGACCUUAGUGAUUUAGAAUCGACAGUGGAGGAGCUUCGAGGGAACGUAAUUAAUAGAAAAACGAGAGUCAAUAUGUCAGAUGUGGAAAAUAUGGCCUUAGUAUUGAGUAAAAGUUCAAAAACCGUUGCGGAUCUUAAAUUAAGGUUUCCUGGAUUGCAAGACAGUAUGAAGUCAUUUUUAACGACAGAAAUGGAAAAAGUUAUGCGAGAAGAAACAUUUUUAAAGGACGAACCGGAAAGACUAGAAAGCGCACUUAGAAGAUGUAAAAAGCUUACGGGUACUCUUGUUACUUUAAAAAGAUUAGCCAGCGUACAAGAACAAAGACUACCUACUUCAAAUUCCGGCGACGGUAAUCUUUCUCCAACAACUACUGAAACACCACCUGUAACUCCUUCAUCUACGCACAGCAAGCCCCCUACCGCACCACGUUUGGGGCAGGUCCUCAUCGGGGGAGACAGCAGUGCCUCCGACAGUAGCCAACGUCCGGAGAACGCACUCGACGCUCUGCUAGACGAGCUUCAAACAUUUUCUAAACCCCACCCUAUUGCUCAAAACCAAGAUGCCCAUGCUUCUGAAGCCCCUGCUAUACCUGUGAAAGGCGUUAGACCGCCCCAGAUGUCAGAGAUCGGCCGAAAGGGUAGCAUGGAUUCCGCAUCUUUUCUUCCCACCCAAAAUCUUUCCGUGAGCACUACAACUGGAAGCCUCAGAAGAUUGCACUCGUAUCCCAGUGGGUCAGAUACCGACAACAGUCCUCCAAUUCAACCCCUACAAAGAGAAUGUAAAACUGCCGCCAAACCUCCUCUGCCAGAAAGAAAUCAAGAAUUAUUACAACAGGUAGCUGGAAAGAGAGUACCUCCUCCUCCACCACCAAGAACCAGUUCCAAAUCACCAUUAGCUUCACCAACAUCACCCAAUUUACCUCCAAAGUCACCUGCUAUGGGACUUCAACAUAUCCAGAAUGUACAAAAUAUGGUAGAGAAACCUUUGUCGCAAUUUGAACAAGCCACUCAAAACUUAGGUUUGCAAACUUUGCGUAGAAAUAUUCCAAGCAGAUCAAGUAUUAAAGAUCCUACAAAGUCGCAGACCCUACCGAGAAACAUUGGUUCUAACCUUCAGAUCCCCUCCUCCGAUAGUGAUGCUAUUUCAGCCAGUAACAGUAGCAGUUGUGAAAGCGUAAAUUCUCAAGAUGGAUCUAAAAAAACUAGAAAAGAAGAACUGGAACAGCGGCAUCAAGAAUUACUUAAAAAGCAGAAAGCUUUACAGGAGCAAUACGCUAGAUUACAACAGCUACAACGAGGAAAUAAUACAUUAGCUGUUGUACCACCAGCGCCAGAUCAAUUGCUUAAAAAAACAGGAAGUGAAUCAAAUUUGUUACAGAAAAUGGGACUACAGCUCACUACCUCUCAAAUUACCGGCUCACUCACUAAUCUACCAAAUACGACUAAAACAUUAUUGACAAAUACAAAUUCCAACCCCAUUAAUUCAUCUAGUGUACCAAAUAACGUAGAAGACGAAAACAAUAAAAACAAUACCAACACGCAUAUGAAUAAAGUCUACGAAACCGACAUACUGUGA